UGGACUUAAAAUGAGCUUCAUAUGAUAACAUUGGACCGCCCAGCUCAGAUAAACUGAACGUUUCUUUCUCCUUAAAUCUACUUGAUUUUGUAAUUCAUCCGGAAUUUGUGAGAAUGGCAGGCAAUGUGAAAAGGUUUUACGACCUCACAGCUAAGAUGCUGUCUGGAAAAAGCUUUAGUUUUUCUGCCCUGAAGGACAAAGUUGUUCUCAUUGAGAAUGUGGCGUCUCUUUGAGGAACAACAACCAGGGACUACACUCAGAUGAACGAGCUCAACAGGCGGUACUCUGCAAAGGGACUUGUUAUUCUGGGUGUGCCCUGUAAUCAGUUUGGACAUCAGGAGAACUGCAAGAAUGAUGAAAUUCUAAGGUCUCUGAAGUAUAUCCGUCCAGGCAAUGGAUUUGAACCUAAUUUCCAGCUCCUUGAAAAGGUGGAUGUGAAUGGAAAGGAUGCCCAUCCCUUGUUUGUAUAUCUGAAGGAAAAGCUUCCAUUUCCCUGUGAUGAUGCCAUGGCCCUUAUGACCGACCCAAAGUUCAUAAUUUGGAGUCCUGUUAGUAGGAAUGACGUCUCCUGGAACUUUGAGAAGUUCCUGGUUGGCCCUGAUGGAGAGCCUUACAAGCGCUACGGCAGAAAUUUCCUUACCAUUGACAUUGAGACAGAUAUUAAAAAGCUACUUAAGAGGGUCAAUUAAAGUGUGUUACAACACACAGACCAGCCUGGUCAAAAAGAUUAAUCAGUAUACACAUCUGUUUGUUUUGGGUAUUUCAUCAUGUUUUUCCACCUUCCUAGUUGAAGACAAUUGUAAUAGCAUGCACCCCUAAAUGUGUGGUACUGUGCAGUACACUAUGGUAGUUCAGCCUCUUUACUCAAUGAAGACACUCUUUGAAACAAGUUUUGUGGGGAGUUUCUGAUGAACAUGUAAAAUACUGACUGCCUGACUGUAUAACUCACAUGACCAUUUUCUUCAUUGGGUUGUAUUAAAAAAAAUGUAAUGCCAUUUCUGCAUACUGUAUGCAGAGCUGCAAAAUAAAAAUGUGGUGGCCACAAUAACAAAGGUGAACACUUAAUACAUUCACUCAACUGUACUGUAUUUAAUAAAAUGCAAUUUUGAGGUAACAUA